AUGCGCAACGCAGCGGCAGAGACGCUCUUGAGCACCGUCAGUGCCACCGGGAUGGCCCUGACGGAGGACGGCUUUGCGGAGCACAUGGACAGCGUCGACCCGCUUCGUGAGCACCGCAGCUCGUAUCACAUUCCUAAGAUGCGCGAUGGCACCGCCUUCUCCUACUGUGCCGGGAACGCCAUGGGGCUGCAGCACAUCCAUGUGGAGGCCUCCGUCGAGGUCUUCCUCAAAAAGUGGCGCGAGCAGGCGGUGGGUGGGCCCUGCAUGCAGCCCACGCCAUGGCCCGAGAUUGGUCAAAUGUGCGUCAAGGACAUGGCUGCCAUCGUCGGUGCCAAGGACACGGAGGUGACCAUCAUGAACACCCUCACAGUGAACCUACAUCUUCUCCUGACCGCCUUCUACCGCACUCAGGGUAGCAAGAGGAAGCUCAUGAUUGCACCUCAUAGUUUUCCGAGCGACGGCUACUGCCUCCUCUCGCUACUCGAGACGCGCGGACUGAACCCCGGCGAAGACGUUAUCAAGAUCACGGCACCAGGCACUAGGGACUGGAGCGAUCCCGCUACCGUCAUCCCGACGGAGGCGUUCCUCUCCGUGAUAGAGAAGCGCGGUGACGAAACGGCCGUGCUCGUUGUGUCAGCCGUGCAAUACCUCACCGGCCAGUGGUUCGACAUCCCCGCCAUCGUGAAGGCGGCGCGCGCCAAGAAGAUCAUCGUCGGCGUUGACUGUUCCCACGCCGUAGGCAACGUGCCGCUGCACCUUCAUGACUGGGACGUCGAUUUUGCAUACUGGUGCACAUGCAAGUACCUGAACAGUGGCCCUGGCAGCCUCAGCGGUCUUUUCGUUCACAACAAGCACACGCCUUGCACCAUCCCGCUCGAGUGCCUGAACGGAUUGUGGAGCAGUGACAUCAAGAGUUGCUUCUCGGAGCACCGCAGAUUUGAGCCGGCGCCAGGUGCCUCGCCGCUGCAGAUUAGCACUCCAUCAGCGGCAUGCCACGUGAUUCUGGCGCCGUCACUGAAGCUGAUGGCGUCGGUUGGGAUGGAGGCGAUCCGGCAGAAGUCGUUGCUGCUUACAGCCUACCUGGAGCUGCUUGUGAGCGAACUCAUACCUCCGGGCUGCAUCGAUGUUGUGACACCAGCAAACCCGAACCAGCGCGGCGCCCAGCUCUCGCUCCGCAUUCUUCCAAAUAAACUGAAGUUAUGCCAAGAGGCUGUGUCAGAGUAUGAGUGUGGCGCCGGUGGGGCUGCCGAGACGGACGACACCGCCCUGCUGCAGCGUCAGCUGCUCGACAAAGGUGUCAUAAUUGACAUGUGUUCCCCAGACAUGGUCUCCAUAGCUCCGGCGCCCAUGUACAACAGCUUUGCCGACGUCCUUCGUGUCGUGCGCACUCUUGCUUCCCUCUUCUAG